AAUUUCAUUUAUUCUAUGGAUGAGUUAGAGAUUAAAUACAAUGUAACUAAUCAUAGAUAUCAUCAAGUCAGUGACUCUAUAUAAGGAAUCCAAAUUUCAUUGUUUGGCACCAGAAACAAAACACUACUCAUAGCUUGUGCUAAAUGGAGUUUACCCUUCCUGGAUUUUGCCUUUUCAAAGCCUUUAAAAAUUAAGUUUUUUGAUUCAUUGGAGUGAUAUUUUGGGAGCUCGUUUACUGUGACUCAGAGGACCAGAAACUGUAGCUAGACACUUGACUGAUCAAAUUACAGCAGUAAUAAAGCUCAUAGAAAACAUUAUCAACAUGGUUGAUGAUAACAUCAGUGAAGAUGCCAAUGAGAAAUCGUUGGUGGUUUCAGACCAGGAAAAAGGAAGCACAAACAAGAGGAAGUUGGUAUCUGAGCUUCCUCUAGAAACUCCUACUGAUUCACCUGUGGUAUCUGUUACUGAGUUUCCAAGAUACAAAUUAUUAGAGGAAGCACUCGCACUGAAAGGAGGCACUCUUUUUGAGAUCGAACCAUUGAAGGGAGGGUGUACUCAGUCUGAUGAGGAACAAGAAGUGGAAAUGCCACUAGAUAUAGAUUGGGAGGAUGCCCUAACUUCUCAACUUCUGGAGCUUUUGACCCAAAAUUUGUCCACAAUUUUUCAGAGCGCAGUCAAGAGAAUUGCUAAGUGUGGAAAUAGUGAGGAAAUUGCUGAAAGGGUUAUCUUGAGGAGUGGCCUUUAUCAUGGCAGCAAAGAUGCUGUCUCAAAUGUUGUCGAUGGUGCCUUGGCUUUAUUGAGUAACGAAAAGGUUUUCGAUAAUGGCAGACAUCUUGUAUUUGAAGAUUUACCUAGCUUGGUUGAUUACACAUUGCUGGAGAUGGUAUGUGUGCUGAGGGAGGUUAAGCCAGCUUUGCCAGUUGCAGAAGCAAUGUGGUGCCUGUUAAUAUUGGACUUGAACCUGGUACAUGCAUGUACAACGGAAGGCGAUCAUCUGGUUGAGUUAUGCAGUCAAGAAAAACUAGGCGAUAGCUCAUCUUGUUUGAAACUUUCCCAAUCGAAGACUGAGGCUUCUGAGAAUACUCAGUCAAACCUGGAUAAACAACAGUUGUCAAAACCCUUUUCCCCAAUUGCUCAAACCUUGCAGUCCAAAGUUCCUGUUGGUAGUGCAGCCUCUCAAGAACCUGAGUCCAAAAAUUCACAUGUUCAUCAAGCGGCAAAAGGAAAAGGAAGUUCCACACCUCUUCCAAAAGCAGAGGCUAAAUCGAAAGCAGCAGUUUUAGAAGACAAAUCGUGGGCUGGUCAAAAGGCCCUAAAUUCCAAGAAGGAUGUGCAUAGGCGAAAGACAUAUCAGUUUGAGAAGAACUGCAGAAGCCGUAUGAGUAAGAACAUUAAGGCAAACAUCUCUGCCUGGGACAGUUUGGUUUUGGACAAGAAACUGAACUCAUCAGAUUCUUCCGGUGCAACAAAGAAGAGUUCUCACUCUAAAGUAAAUACUUCAGUUAAAUGCAAUCAACCUUUAGCAAAAGCAAGUUCUGAUAGUCUAUGCCCCUCAACCAUUGAACCUGCAAGUGACACCUCUAGUGUGGCACCUAUGCAAGAUAAUGUAAAUGAAAAGUAUCCGGAUUUAUUAUCCAUGGAACCUAAGUCUAGCAUAAAGUCCCCAGAAAACACAACUAUUUCUUCUGUGGUGCCAGAUUAUUAUGCUGGUAUCCCAUAUGAUGAGUCUCUGGGGAAAUAUGUCCCUCAAAAUGAGAGAGAUGAAGCUAUAUUGUUUCUAACUUCCCGUUUGACGACACUGCAGAAAGAACUCCAAGGGUGGUCUGAUUGGGCAAAUGAGAAGGUAAUGCAGGCUACUCGGAGGCUUAGCAAGGACCAGCCUGAGCUUAAAAUAUUGAGGCAAGUAAAAGAAGAUGCUGAAAAAGUUCGUCAGGAAAUGCAAAUGCUGGAGGAAAACACCAUGGAGAAGAUUGUGGAGAUGGAGCAAGAGUUGGUAAAUAGCAAUUCCAUGAUUGAGACAACUAAUUCUCGUCUUAACACUUUGGAGAGGGAUAAUGUUGAACUAAAGAAGGAGAGGCAUGCCUUAAUGCUCUCUACCGGUGAGUAUGCUAUGGACGUGAAUAAUGCUUUAGCAAAGGAGCAGGAGGCAGUAAAGAAGUGUCAAGCAGCAGAUGUGGAGAAGCGAUCAUUUGAGGAGGAUUUAUCUACUAUCAAGCAGGAAAAAGCUGCUUUACAUCAGCAGCAAGAGAAAGCCAACAAGGUCGUGAACCAGUUUGAGGUCCUAUCGAAGCAGGAGGCAAGGGUGAAACAAAGGUUUCUACAGCAAGCUGAUUCCCUGAAAGCUGAAAGAGAACAACUCCGUGUUCAGGGACAAGUGCAGCAAGAUAAUUUUAGAGAGAAGGUAGAGAGAAACAUGCAAAAGUAUAAAGAAGAAAUCCAAAAGUAUGAGAGUGAAAUCUCUCAGUUGAGAUUCCAAUCUGAAAGAUCAAAAAUAGAGGCGCUUAAACGAGGCACUCCUCCAAUGACAAAGGGUUUAGCAGCCUAUGCAGAAAGUUCUGGCUCUAAUGUCGUAAAGAUGGAGAGGGAGUGUGUUAUGUGUAUGAAUGAGCAGAUAUCAGUGGUUUUUCUCCCUUGUGCACAUCAAGUCCUUUGUGAAUAUUGCAACGUGCUUCACCUAAAGAGAGGAAUGGACGAAUGCCCUUCUUGUAGGACACCAAUUAAGGAGCGGAUUAGUGUCCACUUUCCUGAUUCAGAAUAGUUAGCAACUUCAGAACAGCGGGAGGAAAAUGAAGCUGGGCAUUGUUUGUUUUUUUCCAGAAAAAGUUUAUAUGUCCCUUUUUCAAGCCUUCCUUUCAUACCGUCACUGUAAUAGUUGAUCAGAAAAUGCAAAAAGGUAUAGAUAUGUAGAAAGAACAUGUGAAAAGAGUUAGAAAGAGGGAAGAGUGCUUAAUGGUCCUUGUAAAUCCUUAAAUUUGAAGGUUUGCUUAAACUUAGUCUUCCCCAAGCUUUUUGUAUACUUACAUAUGGCUAUAAAUAUACUUCCUCAAGUGUUUUGUAUA